UGUGUGUGUGUGUGUCGGUCGGUGUGUGUAUGUGACCUUAGGCAGGCAGGGUGGGAUGCAUGGAAGGACAGGCAAAGCAGUCUGUGUGAGCAUUGCAGGGGGCUCAGGACAGCAGCUGCCAGUCCCUUUCAGCCGCUCCCUCACCCAACUAAGAAGCCUCUUGCCUGCAGUCCGAUAAAGGAAAGCAGUGCGUUGAGUAGCUUGGUGUGUGUGUGUGUCGGUGUGUGUGCGCGCAGUCACACAUGUGUUUAUGCUGCAUGUGUUGGGACAGUACCACAGUUCACAGAGGAAGAUUAUCCCGGGCCGGACGGAGGGACUGUUUACAGUAAGCUCUUCUCACAGCAGCACCCCCUCCUCCUGCUCCUGCUCCUGCACCCUCGCCGUCUGUCGGGGCUUUUAGUUAGCCGUGUGCCUUGGACAGUCACUUGGUCAGUUGAGUAGUAAGCUUGUGCGUGGGUGCCUGUGUGUGUGUGUGUGGUCUCUGGACAUUCUUCAUCGCCGUUGUCACCGGGAGCAUUAGCUGGUGAACAGGAGGAGGAAGAUGAGGAUGAAGGAGUUGUCUCUACGGCAGGACCCGGACCUGAGGAAGGAGCUGGCCCUGCUGGCCCGCGGCUGCGACUUUGUGCUGCCAUCACGCUUCAAGAAGAGGCUCCGUGCCUUCCAGCAGGGACAGGCCCAGGUCAAGAAAGAGGAGCCCAUUACGCCGGCGCUAAGUGAAAGCGUUCCAAAGUUCUACUUCCCUCGGGGGCGGCCCAAAGCCAACCUCAACAUCGACCAUCUCAUUUCCAAGAUAGAGAAAAUAUUUUCCCAAUUCCCCAAUGAAAGGGCCACCAUUGAAGACAUGGGCAACGUUGCCAAGGCUUGUGAGUGCCCUCUCUACUGGAAGGCCCCAUUGUUCUGUGCGGCUGGAGGGGACAGGACGGGAUUCGUGUCCGUUCACAAGUUCGUGGCCAUGUGGAGAAAAACACUGCAGACCUGUCACGAUGACGCAUCCAAAUUUCUGCACCUUUUGGCCAAGCCUGGCUGUAAUUACUUGGAACAAGAGGACUUUAUUCCAUUCCUGCAGGAUGUGGUGAACUCACACACUGGCCUUGCCUUUUUGAAGGAGGCGGCGGACUUCCACUCGCGCUACAUCACCACGGUAGUCCAGAGAAUAUUCUAUAACGUCAACAGGUCAUGGACCGGCAAGAUCACCUGCCCAGAGCUCUGCAAGAGCAGCUUUCUCCAGAACGUGGCUUUGCUGGAGGAGGAGGAGGAUGUGAACCAGCUGACUGAGUACUUCUCCUAUGAGCAUUUCUACGUCAUCUACUGCAAGUUCUGGGAACUAGACACAGACCAUGAUCUCUUCAUCGACCAGAAAGACCUGGCGCGGCACAAUGACCAUGCCAUUUCCAACCGCAUGAUGGAGAGGAUAUUCUCUGGAGCAGUCACGAGGGACCGGAGAGUCCACAAGGAGGGCCGGCUGACCUAUGCUGACUUUGUGUGGUUCAUCAUCUCCGAAGAGGACAAGAGGACCGAGACCAGCAUAGAGUACUGGUUCCGCUGUAUGGACCUGGAUGGGGACGGAGUGCUGUCCAUGUACGAGCUGCAGUACUUCUAUGAGGAGCAGUGCCAGAAGCUGGAGACCAUGGCCAUCGAGCCCCUGCCCUUCCAGGACUGCCUCUGCCAGAUGUUGGACCUCGUCAGACCGGAAGUCGAAGGGAAAAUAACCCUUCGUGACUUGAAAAGGUGCAAGAUGUCCCAUAUAUUCUUCGACACCUUCUUCAACAUCGACAAGUACCUGGACCACGAGCAGAGGGAUCCUUUCUCAGUAGUGAGGGAUGGAGAGACCGAGGGCCAAGAUAUCUCCGACUGGGAGAGAUACGCUGCGGAGGAGUACGACAUCCUGGUGGCGGAGGAGACGGCUAACGAGCAGUACCACGACGGUGGAGUGUUCUACACGUACGAGGACGUUCUGGAGCCCAUGGAGCAGCACGGGUCUGGUCUGCAGGGGGAGAAGCGGCACUUCUUUAACAUCCCCAACCCCCACUGCAACCUGGACCUGGAGGAGUACGAGUACGAGGACGACUUUGAGUGAGCUGCGCGCCAUCAACCACCCCCCCACCCACCACUGUCACCGCAGGGUGGAGGCAGCGUCCUCCGUCAGAGAAACCAGGGGCAACCAGUCCAAGCCAAAGGGAAACAAACAAACCAACACACAAACAAACAGACGAACACCCAUGCAGCAGGGCGAGGAUGAGUCAACCACACUUCCUGAAACUAUGUUAAGCAGGAGGUUGACAGACCAAGGGGGACAAAGAGGAGCCUGAAAUGCAUAAGGAUGAACUUCACAGGGUGGGACACUCACCAGCAUCACACACACACACACACACA